GAUGUGGAGUGUUGGGAAGAGAAAAAAUGGGGUAGGAAAGGGGUAAACAAAACAUUUUUUGCUUAACCAUUGUAUAUAUAUGGUCUUAAGCUACCCCUCUAUAUACAUUUACACAUUUUUAAACCGUCAUCUGUAAAAUAAAAAUAAAAAAAAACCUACAACCUUUUGUAUUUCCCUCUCUUCCUCUCUCCACUUUCCCACCGUGAUGUCUAACAACGACGCUGAUCACCGCGAAGAGUACGAUGCUCCCGCCGGCGAGGACGAGGACAUCGGCGCUCAAGUCGCUCCGAUCGUCCACCUUGAAGAGGUCGCUGUCUCCACCGGCGAAGAGGGCGAACAACCUAUUCUCGACCUCAAAGCGAAACUGUGCCGUUUUGAUAAGGACGGGAACCAGUGGAACGAGCGAGGUGCAGGCACCGUGAAGUUUCUGAAGCACAGAGAAACCGGCAAAGUUAGGCUUCUCAUAAGGCAAUCGAAAACCCUCAAAAUCUGCGCCAAUCAUCUCAUUCUGCCUGCGAUGACUGUGCAAGAGCACGCUGGGAAUGAAAAGUCUUGUGUUUGGCACGCGAGGGACUUUGCCGAUGGUGAAGGAUUGAAGGACGAGCUUUUCUGUAUUCGAUUUCCAUCGAUUGAAAGUAAGUGCACUUUUUUGUGUUCUGAUUUGUUUUUCGAAGUGGCAGGUGAAGAAGAGACAGAAGAGAAGAGUGAAGACGAGAGCGUCGCUGACAGUGUACGGUGGUUUUGGGUGGCAGCGCGGCUGCGCCGGUCGGUCGGAGGCUUGGAGCACGAACUGACGAACUCAUCUCAGUUCUCACUUCUCACGGUCAAAGUCUCAGAGUCAGAGAGCAAGAGGAAGAGAACACAGGAAGAAGGGAAGAUAGAGGUUUCUAAGUUGAAUCUAAGAAAAAGCUGA